AUGCAUGGUUGGCCAAAAAUAGCCCUGCCAAUGCCUUGUCAAUCGGUAUUGUAUCUUCCGUUCUUGUGCUUUGUCGCUUGGCAGGAUGUCAUUCGUCAGGUAAGAGAAGAUGGGGGACAUCCAUGUGUCAGCGUAUCGUAUGGCACACAUCGCAAAAUCUGCCGUGCUCGGUUGAGUCAGGAUUUUCGCAGGAAUUUACCACCCAAUUUUAUCAUCUUGGUAUUUGCCGAAUCUUGUAGGCAGAGAAUUUUUGAAGUUGUUGAUGUGUUACCGAUAAGUAGGCUAACAUGGACGAAUCUUUGGCAGCAAAGUCGGUCGUCACUUGGUUCACAAUGA